GAGCCACUUCCGGUGCAGGCGGGAAGACGCCGGAAGUUACUCCAUAGCGGCCGCGGCGGUAGGGGUUCGGCGGCGCCAUGGCGGAGGAAGUCCAGAAGCAUUCUGUGCACACACUUGUGUUCAGGUCUUUGAAGAGAACCCAUGACAUGUUUGUAGCUGAUAAUGCCAAGCCUAUCCCAUUGGAUGAAGAAAGUCACAAGGUGAAAAUGGCAGUCAAGCUUCGCACAGAGUACGGCUCAGUGCUGCACAUGCCCACACUCAAAGAGAACCUGAGGGAGAAAGGAGGCCCCACCACUGGGGAUCCCUAUGGACACAAACAGUAUUCUGGAAAUCAAGGACAAGAAGUUGAGUAUAUGGUAACUGGUACACACCCAUAUCCAUCUGGGCCUGGUGUGGCUUUGACAGCAGAUACUAAGGUCCAGAGGAUGCCAAGUGAAUCUGCAGCACAGUCCUUAGCUGUAGCACUUCCUGCUUCCCAGUCUAGGCUGGAUGCAAACCGGACAGCUGCUGGUGUGGGUGACAUUUACAGGCAUGCUGGAAUAUCUGAGCGUUCACAACCUCCUGGGAUGUCUGUGGCUAUGGUGGAAGCUGGUGGAAACAAAAAUUCUGCAUUAAUGCCAAAGAAGGCUCCAACCAUGCCCAAACCUCAGUGGCAUCCACCUUGGAAACUGUACAGAGUUAUCAGUGGUCACCUGGGCUGGGUGAGAUGUAUUGCAGUAGAACCAGGAAAUCAGUGGUUUGUUACUGGCUCGGCUGACAGAACCAUAAAGAUAUGGGACCUUGCUAGUGGCAAAUUGAAAUUGUCUUUGACGGGACACAUCAGUACUGUACGAGGGGUGAUAGUAAGUGCAAGAAGUCCAUACCUCUUUUCUUGUGGAGAAGACAAACAAGUGAAAUGCUGGGAUCUUGAAUACAAUAAGGUUAUCAGACAUUACCAUGGUCAUCUAAGUGCUGUCUAUGGCUUAGACUUGCAUCCAACAAUAGAUGUGCUGGUGACAUGUAGCAGAGAUUCAACAGCACGAAUUUGGGAUGUAAGGACAAAAGCCAGCGUGCACACACUGUCAGGACACACAAAUGCAGUAGCAACUGUAAAGUGUCAAGCUGCAGAACCACAAAUUAUUACAGGCAGUCAUGAUACUACCAUACGGCUCUGGGACUUGGUGGCAGGAAAAACUCGUGUUACUUUAACAAAUCACAAGAAAUCUGUAAGAGCAGUAGUGCUACAUCCAAGACAUUACACAUUUGCAUCUGGUUCUCCAGAUAAUAUUAAACAAUGGAAAUUCCCAGAUGGAAACUUCAUUCAGAACCUCUCUGGUCACAAUGCUAUUAUAAACACACUGGCUGUAAAUUCUGAUGGUGUUCUGGUAUCAGGAGCUGAUAAUGGUACUAUGCACCUUUGGGACUGGAGAACUGGAUACAAUUUCCAGAGAGUACAUGCAGCUGUACAGCCUGGUUCUUUGGACAGUGAAUCAGGAAUAUUUGCUUGUGUUUUUGACCAGUCAGAAAGCAGACUGCUGACGGCUGAAGCUGAUAAAACCAUAAAAGUAUACAAAGAAGAUGAUACUGCGACUGAAGAAACCCAUCCUGUCAGCUGGAAACCAGAAAUUAUCAAGAGAAAACGAUUUUAGUGCAGCAACAUAUACUUCUGUAAUUUUGUUUUGGCUUUCCUGAGAGCAUUCAGUCACAUUUUGUUCUGCCAGAACAGCAGAACAAGAAGUCAGCUAAGUCAUUGCUGUUUCAACAUGUUUUAUAAUAAAUUUUAUUUCUCUUUC